UUGGUCCGCGUGUAGCCAGCACACAGGCUCGGACCAGUGGAAGAUUUAUCGUGCGAUAAGACAUGACAUAAUCGUGCAUUGUUGCGUAACUACGGUACUGUUAGCACCGACAUGAACCCGUGGGGCUACGGUGUACCGACCGUUCCGUAGGAAGAAUCCCAUGAUUGUCGGCCAGCUGCUCCGAUCGUCAUUCCACGCGCAGCCAGCUCGCGAUUCGGACAGUUUUUGUGCUCCCGGGGGCACUUGCGGGAUUUAAAUCCCUGUUCUUGGGGACUCGGAUAAAGGGAUCGUCCUCGAAUCCGCUCGGGAAAAGGUAGCAGUGAGGUGAAAACGUUCGCGGUGUGCGUGCGCGCGGAAAAGUGAGUCGGUUUCCGCGAAUCAUUUCCGGCGGAUCCACAGGAAACGUCGGUUGUGCGCCUUGGCGAGCAGCUUUCCGGUUGGAUUGACGCGGACAAUGCGGAGGAAUUGAUGCUGCCAGCGCGUCGCGCGUCCGUCCGUGCUGGAUUACCGACGCCGGAGUUCAAGGUUGCUAAAUUGACGCUUUGAGAUAUGCCGCCCGUCAUUGAACGUGAUACGUUCCUCUGAGAACGUCCGACCGGAGGAAUCCUUCGCGCGAUCGUCACCGGCCGGAUUAUUUCCAAGGAAAGCGUUGAUCCUUUUUGAUCGAGGAUACGUUCUUCCGUUCGAGAAGUUCAUUCGAGGAUCAUCAGGUGCACCAGGUUCAUUAUCAAACAAACACAAGCGUUAUCGCGGGUAGAAUGAUAACGAAGCAGAACAUAACCAUAAAAAGCGGAGUCUAACAUAAAGGGACACUCGAAGACGAUCUAGCUUUGAUGAGUCUUCCACUUUGAACAAUCGAUUCCGAUAAAUGAAUGAAAAUAAAGAGGCGGCUUGCAAUGUUCCGAGUGUUUGUUCUGUAAAUAAAGAUUAUCGGGCCAGCAACGUACAUAACGGACGCAUGUUGUGCGAUAUCAUCGUUGCCAAUCAUCGUUGGCUGUUACGCGAGGAAAAGAGACGAUUUCGAUAGAAGAAGUCGCUUCGUCGGCGGAUUCUUCAGAUAGUGACGGAUCGCCGAUCGAAAUCGUUCCUCGAUUGCGUAACGAAGAGCGUUCAGGCAAUUAACAUAGCUGCGCCUUGGACAUCGCGGAGAAAUUUUGUCGAAUGGCCCUCGCGACGCUCACCUGAACCGCCGAAGGAAACAAUCGAACCGUUGGCCAAGCUUUCCUGUUGUGUAUCCACGGAAAAUGACUGACCAAGUGUCGCCGUUGCUGGACGUACGAAGCAACGGGCACCACGACGCCUGCACGAAUGACGUCGACGGACCGAUCAAGUCGUCGAUGGAGAAUGUUCUGCGGAACAGAGUGCUCAGGAGAACGCGAAGCCUGAACGCGCCCAGUCCCAUUCAGCAGUUCGGCCCGUGCGGGCGUAUUAUGAAAAAUUCCGCGAUGGUCAUGACCAUACAGGACCCAGCCUCCCAGAGGUUGACGUGGUACAAGCCGCCGCUCACUGUCCUGGUCAUCAAGAAGGUCCGUGAUUCGUCGGUGUUGCCGCCGUUCGUCCAAUUAGUCACAUGGCUGAUCGAGGAGAAACGGAUGGUGGUGUUCGUCGAGGCGUCUGUUCUGGAGGAUCCCGCGCUUGCUAGGGACCCUAGGUUCGAGGGGGUCCGGGACAGGCUGCAGACGUUCAGGGACGGUACCGAUGACCUGCAGGAUCGCAUCGACUUCAUCGUCUGUCUGGGAGGCGAUGGAACCCUUCUUUAUGCGAGCCUGCUCUUCCAGCAAUCGGUACCGCCCGUGAUGGCGUUCCAUCUGGGCUCGUUGGGAUUCCUCACACCCUUCGAGUUCGACAAUUUUCAGGAACAAGUGACUAACGUCUUAGAGGGUCACGCGGCCUUGACCCUGAGGAGUCGUCUGAGAUGUAUCAUCAUGCGGAAAGGAGAGGAGGGCAAACCGGCCAAACCGCCGACGAAUCUGCUGGUGCUGAACGAGGUCGUGGUCGAUCGCGGUCCUUCCCCAUACCUCUCGAAUAUCGACCUCUUCAUCGACGGGAAACACGUGACCAGCGUGCAGGGUGACGGCCUGAUCGUGAGCACGCCGACCGGGUCGACGGCGUACGCCGUCGCGGCCGGGGCCAGCAUGAUUCAUCCCUCGGUACCUGCCAUCAUGAUCACGCCGAUCUGCCCUCACUCAUUGUCCUUCAGGCCGAUCGUCGUGCCCGCCGGCGUCGAGCUGAAGAUCUCUGUUUCACCGGACAGCAGGAACACCUCGUGGGUGUCCUUCGACGGUAGAAAUAGACAGGAGCUCUUCCACGGCGACAGUUUGAGGGUGACCACGUCCAUAUACCCGGUGCCCAGCAUCUGCGCGGCCGACCAAAUCACCGACUGGUUCGACUCGCUUGCUGAGUGUCUCCAUUGGAACGUCCGGAAAAAACAGAAACACCUGGACGAGCUGAGCGAUCUCACUCACUCGUCCAGCAACGAUACGCUGGACUCGUUGGACCGCGACAGCUAGGAGACAGCGCGCCGAGACCGGCACCGACACGUGAAUUUCCAGACCGUCGUCAUGGGUUCGGAGUCCGCACAAGGGACCGGUGACUCGUCGCAGAAAUCGCAUCGUUCGUUCACGCAUAAACCGCAAGCUCCGGAUCGUUCGAUCGCGCGUUUACACGUUUACACGUGCAAUUAGCGGCCAUCGCGGACACUUUGACCCUCCAGCUCUCUCGUUCACGUGCUUAUAAAUUCGAAUGAUAAUGUUUCUAAACGGCGGAUGACUCGCAAGUUUCCUGGCCAUUGUUUGCGAAGGUAUCUUUCCGGGAACGCGUUUAGAGACAACUUGAUUCUACAGUGCAUCUAGAACUAUUUACGGAGAUUGAGCAAAUUUGCAGAGGCAUCGAAGAAUUGGGCUAAGUGUACUCUAAUUGUUUUAGUGACUCGACCUCGCGGAUUUUCUGCAUUUAUCGCAUUUUUCGUUUCUCUGCGUAGCAGUACUUGUUCGAUAGAGAAGACGCGUUCUUUUAUACUAAUUGAAACUCGGUUCUUUGCAUCAUUUUUGUUUAGUACCAAAUUGUGGAGGAAAUGUGAUCCUUUAAACAUUGAAUUCUGCAUGAAAAUUCGCAGUCCAUUGGUGCAAGUUUGAGUGUAAUUGUUGAGUUGCCUUCUACCUUGAAUUGAUUAUGAUUGAGGUUAUUCAAGUGAGUUACAUUUAAUGGUUACAGAGUAUUUGCAACUGAAUUAACGGUUACGUUCCAAUCGCUAUUAUGAAUAUUAGAUGGAAUUACAUUUCGUCCAACUUUUCGAUUCACAGCGGAAUCACUAGAUUGUCAAGACUCGUUCGAAUAUUUAAGUGUCGUGAACGUUCUCCGAUUGAUCAGAACCGAGUGCGCGACAGAAUGGAACGUUCGUACCGUUCAUAUGUAAAUAUAGACGAAUGUCAUUCGAUUUUAUUGAAAUUUUGUACAUAUAAUCAAAAUUGAAUGCACUUUCUACAAUUCAAGCGAAAAUUGAGCAAGAAUCGCGCAAGAGGAAUUGCUCGCGUCACCGACCGAUCGAUCGGAUCAACGGGUUCAAACUGUACUCGCGUGAACGUUGAACGUUGCCAAUAAA